AUCUUAUCAGCCUAGGCAGCCUUUAUCUGACCUGUGCGCUGAAUAAAGAUUCACUGACACUUGUUUCCUAAUGCAACACUUUACCUUUUCAGAAGAAAAAAAAACGCGUGUGAAAAUGCAUACAUGUACAAGGCUUGUUAUUGGGGUCGCUUUCUUCUUGAUUGGUGUGUUUGCCCAAAUCCCGCUCGCGGAUCAACUGAAAUGUCGACUAUGCAACAACGCAUUGGAGCUAAGAGAUUGCACAAAGCAGGCGAUAUGCGACAAUAGGACCGAGGAAUGUUACAUGGACCAGGUGUUGACGGAAACGUUCAAUACUGUGUACCGAGGAGGUUGCCAAUCAAGAGAUCGCUGCAAAGGGGGUACACCUGUUUUAAUCGGAAAGCGGGAGGAGCUAAUCGGAAAGCGGGAGGAGCUCAUCGGUUGCUCACAAUGCUGUUCAAACGACGACGACUGCAACAGACGUUUGUGUGGAAUUAGACCGGACUAUACGAACGUAACUCAAUGCUACUUCUGCGACUCAUCCAAGUCUGAUCAGGCAUCAGUCUCCAAACCUUCGGACUGUAUCACUCUCACUACGUGUGACACCGACCAGGUUUGCUAUGCCCACAAUGAGUACCAUCCAGGAUCGGCUAUGACGUUCAAAUACGGGUGUCAGAACAAAUACAUGUGUAAAGUAUUAAUGAGGAAUGUGUUCGAAUUUAUGAGUCGUUGUGCGGGUAGUUCCUCAGCAGAGUGCCAACAUGACAGCGUAAACUGCGAUGUCUGCUGCGGAGACGGAGGCUGUAACUACGACGAUUGCAAACAAAUCAAGGCGCGCCAUUACAACCUGUGGGUUUUAGGCAAGUUAAACAAUGAUACCCUUCAAGUCAUUCCGUAGGCGCUGGGAGUGGACUCGUCAAAUGUAGUUGUGUCAACUGUGUAUUUUGACCGUUAAUAAAGCUGUAUUGUGUUG